AUCGUGUAAAAUGUCGUAAAGAGACUGAUCAAAACAAAAUUUUCUUCUUUAGGUUUCGUUUUGAUGUGUUUGUUUGCUUACCGAGCUUCCGAUCUCAUACGCAAAUUACAAACUUUCCUUAUCAUUCGUGAAUAACACAAACACGAAAAUAAUUUCCUGUCAAGAGCUCAUAUUGACGUAAUAAUUAUUCGCUGCCCAUUGAAAAAUUUGUUGAAAAAUCGGUAAUACCUUGUUUCAAAGUGCCUUAGAAUGUUUCUUUUUCGAUCCACCAACUCGUUGGCUCGGUUUGCCAAUCGAAAUCAGCUGAUUUUACAGUGCGUGGUAACACGGGCCGCACAUCGAGAAACCCAGCAGAGCUUGACGUCGACGGGAGAACGUGACUAUCCUCAGUUCCCUGGAGCAAAGGCUGCCUUUAUCGCGAAACCGACCGUAUCACUGCCGCAAAGUUUAAAACCGAUACCGAUUUAUCGGGUUAUGAACUCGGACGGUGAAAUAGACGAUCCGGAGCAGGAUCCGAAACUGAGCCGUGAAAUAGUUCACAAGAUGUUCCGUGAUAUGGUGUUGCUGAACACAUUAGAUAAAAUUCUGUACGAAUCACAACGACAGGGAAGAAUCUCGUUCUACAUGACAAACUACGGCGAGGAAGCCAGCCAUAUCGGUAGCGCUGCUGCAUUGAGUCCCGAUGAUUGGGUCUUUGGUCAAUAUCGCGAGGCUGGUGUUUUGGUAUGGCGUGGGUUUACAAUUUCGGAUUUUGUCAAUCAGUGUUUCGGUAAUCGAGAGGAUGAAGGAAAAGGUCGACAGAUGCCAGUGCACUACGGAUCCAAAACGUUGAAUUUUGUAACGAUUUCUUCGCCUCUGGGAACGCAGAUUCCACAAGCGGUGGGAGCUGCUUAUGCGUUUAAGCAACAACCGAACAAUGAUCGCUGUGUGAUCACAUACUUCGGUGAAGGAGCUGCGUCGGAAGGGGACGCACAUGCCGCAUUCAACUUUGCUGCUACUUUGGACUGUCCGGUGAUUUUGUUCUGUCGAAACAAUGGAUUUGCUAUCUCGACUCCGUCGAGAGAACAAUACCGUGGCGAUGGAAUCGCUGGCCGUGCGGCCGGGUAUGGAAUUGCUGCUAUUCGAGUUGAUGGAACCGAUGUGUUCGCGGUCUACAACGCUACAAAAGUGGCUCGCGAAUAUUCGCUAAAACACAACAAACCGAUCGUGAUCGAAGCAAUGGCCUACAGAAUCAGUCAUCAUUCGACUUCGGAUGACAGUACCGCUUACCGUCCGGCAGAGGAGCUGGAAGUUUGGAACACAGUCGAAUAUCCCGUGUCGAAGCUUAAGAACUAUAUGAAGCGACGCAUUUGGUUUGAUGAGAAGGAGGAAUCAUUGCAUGUCAAGGCAGUUCGGCAGCAGGUUCUCGCCCAAAUCAACCAAUCGGAGAAGAUACCGAAACCGGAUUGGCGUGAGGUGUUUCAAGAUGUGUAUCACGAAAUGCCACCGCAUCUGAAGGAACAGAUGAAGCAGAUGGAGGAACAUGUGGAGAAUUUCAAGGAGCACUAUCCGGUGAACGAAUUUAAAAAUUAAGCUUCUCGUCGUAUGGCAGCGACUUGCUCAGAAAAAGAAGUGCAUUUAUUUUUUGUUUAGACUGUAAGAUACAACAUUGUCUUCCCAGGAUAUUAAAGUAGUAAACAUAAAGCUUAUCCGAUUCAUACAGGCAGCGAAACUUCGCAAAGUUAAACGAAUUUAUAUUUUAUAUCUGGUAUCAGGCUAUUGUCGAAUGCAAAAUAAAUCAAAUUCAUUAUUUUACAUAA